GCUUCUAUAAAUACGAGAGCACUCGCCGCGCGUGUACUAUUUACUCCGAACCCUAUUGUUGGACAAGUCUACUAUUCUACAUCAUGUUAAGGGUAUCAUUGGUGGUCUGUGUAGUGCCAGCAGUGCUCGGUAUCAUCGUAAGGGAUCCUCCUCCUUCACCGAAUGAUUACAAGUACUCGUAUAAUAUUGAUGACCCAACGACUGGUGACAGUAAGAGUCAGCACGAGGUGAGGCAAGGCGAUGUCGUCACGGGCGCCUACACAGUCUUGGGCCCUGACGGAACGAAGCGUACAGUCGAGUAUACUGCUGAUGCGAAGCAUGGUUUCAAAGCGGUCCUGAGAGAGGAUCCUAUGAGUCCACCCUUACCGAACCCAGCCCCAGUUCACUUCAACUACCACGGUGCUAACGACCUCCAGUACCAGUCCCCUAACCCCGGCCCAGUGUUCGCGUCUGUGUUGCACCCUCAACAACGCUCCAACUACGCCGAAGAACAGUCCGCGAUAUAUUUCUCCCCCCAAACCGAAAUAGAACCCAGGUUACCUUUUAAUGGGCACUAUUUUGUACCGGCAAAUAAUAAUAAGUUUGUAGUGUAGAUUUUAGACUGACAUCUAAAUUAUGUAAUUCUUAUCCUAACCUUGUGAUAUUAGAUAAGUAUUAUUGAAAUCGAGCCUAUAAAACACAUGCUGUGAAUAAUGUACCUAAUUAGAGAAUAGAAAGAUUGAGUAAUUACUGUAGCUGGUAGAUACUAACUUAGCUGUGAAUGUUUUUGUAUAAUGG